AUGCUCAAUGCAACUUCAUGGUUUUUUGCAAUAAAAGGAGAUCAACGGGCACUUCGGUGGUUAAUAGAAGUUUAUCUGCCGGACCAUCGCGAACAGACCUACUGGAACUGUGUCGAGAUGUGCGGAGCAUUGGAUUAUAGCCAUGAUGAGACUACGGGGAAUACAACAGCAGUUCGGUGGCUAUACAAUGAGUGCCAUGCUCCUGCUGAAUAUGCUUUACUUGAUGCCCAAAAAGAGGAACAUUGGGAGACUGCGCGAUGGAUUCUUGUGAACUGUGACCUCGCAGUACGUCGAGUCGAAUGGGAUAGAGCUGCUGCGAGUGGAGCAUUGUCGCUCUUGAACUUCAAAUGGACACCUGGAUACGGUAAAAUGGCUACAUUAUGA